AUGGCUUUGGAAAUGCAGAGCACUGAAAUGCUAACUAGAGAACAACUUUUUCAUCUUUUUGAGCGUUUCACUCUCUUUACUUCACAACCUGAUGUAAUGAAAAGGAUCGCAGAUGCUGUUUUGGAUAAUCAGGAAGCUGUUGCUGUGACCACUACAAUACAGGAAGAAAUAUUUUUGGAGAUGGGUGUUGAUCCAAGAUUUGGUAUUUCAUGCCUGGGUAAAAUCAGUACCGUAUAUGAGAAUGACCAAGAUUUGGUGAUUCAAUUUUAUAAAUUCCUUGCCAAAGAAGAGAUGGCCUGUGAUGAAGCAGAACUAGGAGAAGAAGAAUUUGCUGAAAAAAUGCGCCAUCAACAAAAUUUACAGGAAGAGCAACUAGAGAUGCUGCAGCACAUGCGCAAGUAUAACUUGGAUGAUCAAUAUGCUAUCCUUGAGAAGUUACACCAACAGAUGGAAAAUGGCAAUUAUGAAAGCGAGACAUCCAUUUUGUCAGCUGAGCAUAUGGAAGAGAUAAUUCAAAGGAAGGUGUCCCCUUUGUUUAUGCCAAGUUAGGUCCAGAAUAUGUCCUUAUCAUGGACCCCUUUGUUAAAUCACGUUAAGAGCUAUUUUGUUCCAAGUGUAAUUAUCAUGUGUCAUCUGUUUUAUAUUGGCCAAAUCCAUAAAC